AUGGCCCUGGGUGCAGAUUUUAUUAAGACAUUAUCUACGUGAGUAAUUAGCGAUUACUUUUACUAAAGACGUCACAUGUUUAUUGUUUCCUCUAAUUUUUAUAGUGAACCCCUCAGUAAUCAGAUAUCAAGACAUAUCUGACACCAGAGUCACGAAUAACACGAACAUUGAGCGAUUUCAGGUACACUUGGGUUCUCAGAUGCUGCUUUCCUAUAUGGUCUUUCUAACCUUUUCCUCAGUAAAUUUUUUCUUGUAAAGUCGUGGUUAUUGCUUAAUAGAGCAACCACAAAUUAAUUAACACCGCGUCGUCCUUCGCAUUUGAGGUGGUUUUGAGAUACACUUAUUCAUUCUCUCCGGAUUUUCGAGACAAAAGGCUAAUUUGAAGAAGAUUAGAACUUUAAGGUUACUUUAAUCCAGGUCUUAAGUGAUUUUCUAAAUAUCCAUUAAACGUGAUACUAAGUAAAACAAGUAAAUUAGACUCGCAGAAUGUCACGUCAGACCUUUCAAAGCAUGAAAGCGAAGAGUCAUUUUUACACCUCACCUACAGUUUCCUUUAUCUAAAUCAGUUAUUUAAUCUGUAGGAUUUACCAGAUUCCGUCAUUUUGUCGUUUCAUGAAUCCUCUGACGUCAAGACUUGAACAAGAAAGACAUUCUCUCAUAGGAAAUAUCAAAAUAAGAGGUAAGGGAAGAGCUGAAUUUGGGUGGGCAUGUACUAAAAUGUUAACCCGGCACAAAUGAAUUAAUCCAUCUUUCGCAAUGAAUUUUCACAUAUCUCACACAGGGAAACAAAUCUUCGCUCAUUGCAUCGAAUUUUUCACAGUUCCACAUAACUUGAGGAAAAGGACAUGAACGUUCCUCAAUCAAAGAACUCUUAAAAAAGAAUUUCAGAUUUUAUUUUCCAAUCAAUUAGUUAUCAGUUUUUGGCUAUUAGUUAUAUGUUAAACAUACCAGAAGGCCUUUUUAUUAUGAAUUCAGUUUUAAAUCCUGACAUUCAAAUCGACGUAAAAUGUUUGGUUGUUUUUUAGAAACGAGAAAGACAGAUCCACGGUCGAAUCAGUACUUGCUAUAAAUGGUGGAAAAUUUGGUUCACUUUGAAAUUCGUGUUUAUCGACCCUGAGUGCUGAUCUAAUAUCACGGGAAACAACAUGACUCUCCGUAGACCUAAUGGGGUCAUCAGUUUUAUUUUUGCAGUUGCUGUUGUUGUCAUAGUUUUUUUUUUCCUCGUUUCUCGUUUCGAAAAUUUGUUUCUUAAAUUAUAAAUUUAAAGUAUUCCAGGCGUCCAGUUAGCAAAGGAGACGCAAAAGCAAAAAAUGAUGCGCGUUUUUUUUUUUUUUUUUUUUUCGCACGACGAGAUUAACGUUCCCCGUAUAGAAACUAAUCCCUGAGACAGUAAAUUAUUCUUUUAACAACAAUCAACGGUUACAUUUACCCGAAUCAUGCUGGUCCUUCGAGCACAGAUUCCGAACUUGAUAACAACACGUUUAAGAAAAGCCAGUGAUUACUACAGCUGACCCUCCUGGCUUCCUUUAUUCCGGUUUCUUCGCUUAUAUUGGCUGUCCGGCUCUUGGUAGUGUCUGGGAAAUAUCAGGUGUGAGUGCAUUCUUGAGAGAAUUAAUGAAGGGUUCAGCCCUGGAUGGACUAACGAGGUCUUAUUUGACUUUGUGAAUAGCGGUGAAAAGGGCUGGAAAAAGAUCAACUCAAGUUUUGGUAUGAAUUGGUUAUUAGAUUUCAAAUGAAUAACAGAUGAAGUCGAUUAGAGACAAUUCCUGUUAGUUUUCGUUAAAAAAGAAUUUCUCGAGGAAGAUCGACUUGAGUCGACUACUCAGUGAUUCAAUAUACCUUAGAGGUAUUGAACUCUUUUCAAUUAACAUAAGAGGACAAAAACUUGGCAAAGAAGCAAAGCAGAACCUGGAAUGCCAGCUUUGAUUAUCUAAUAAUCUGCCAGUGUCCUGACCAAAUGCUUUAAUCUGCUUGGCCACGCUACCUAAAAAAACCAUGAGACUGUACAACAGUUUAAUUUUGAACAAGUAGUAGAUUUACGCUGAAACUAAAUUUCUGUGGGUGACAUUUGAUAAGGGCCUCGCCCUCACCACUAUCGCGCGACAGGAAUCGAGAAUAAAUUUUUUGUUGGUUUAAGAAAUGAGGUUAAAUAGAAAAAAAUUAUUAUUUGAUUAUUGUGGAAAACUAUGUCGGUAAUUUUUUAAAAUGUUGUGCGUGGCUUGCCGGCCUUUCAGUAUAUCUGUUGCUAUCAGGAUGCCAUCCGCACAGUUUCUAGUAAAUCAGUACCUCUACUGCGUUGAUGCUCUAUCGAGAAAGCAUUACCUGUUGAUGAAUUAUCUUCAGAGAUAUUUAAGAAGAUAUAUAAUGGAUAAGCAUUGGUAAACUUUAUUUUCCAGGAGCUGCAAGCUUAUAGUUCUGGUCGGAAAUAGAAAACUAAAAACCGUUAUCGAAAGAUAAUUGAGAAGCAGGAAAUUUAUUUAUGAAUUAAACUAAGAUGUUUUUGGCUUUCUCACGCAGUUCCAGAGUUUGAAUCUUUUGUAAUCCACUUGAAAUAGAGACCUGUGUUUGUCGGCUGGAAUUCCGUUUUGCAUCUCUGCAAAACAAAAGGCAAUAGAAAAAAACGUGAUCGAAGAGAAAUGAAGUGGAACAAAUAUUUACAAAGCGCUGGAUGAUGUUACUAAUGUGCUUUACUAAAGCAUUAACGCGAGCUAUUCCGGCUAUUUAAGAGAUCAUAAAUGCUAACUUCUGCCUGUAAAUUUGGUUUUGGUUUAAAUCUAGUGGUUUUCCGGUCGGCUUUCUAUAAUUCGCGAAUCAGUUUGAGAAGGUACUAGAAAUUUGAUUAUUGUCUAUUUUGUCAGUCGAUAACAGUCAAUAUUGCCUCAGGGCUUGGUGCAAGAAAGCUCCUCUUCUUCCAGAAGAAAACGUGCUUCAAGACAGGCACGCAAUCUAUCAACAUGAUUUAGCAGCUAUUAUUUGA